GACGGAUACCAAAGCGACUGGAAACAAAAAAAAUCACAUUAAAAAGUCACGAAACAGAUUUUUUUCAACAUUAUGGGUGGAAUAGAAAAUCCCAGCGUGUCCAAAAGAUGUUAUGGCGUUUCAUUUGGGUCGACAACUUCACUUGCAGGUCCGUCAAUUUCUGAAGAUUCUACAUCAUAUGAUGUCGAAGACAUGGAUGAACCGGAUCCAAUUCCAACUACUGAGGAGCAUUCGAACGAUACUCUGUCGAUGAAGAUCAGAACUAACGUUACACAGCGAGCUAUAUUGGAGCAACAACUGAAACUGAUAAAGGCACAGCAAGAUUAUACAGCUCAACUAAAAGUCCAACAGGAUGAGAGACAUAAAAAAGAAAUGGACAAUAAUUAUGUGGAAUUAUGUGGAAUUGAGUAA